AUGAACCCAGCGGAAGGAGAAGUUCUGAUUGUGACACACACAGUUCCACAAGCACUUGGACCAGUGCCAGUGUCAACUAGUUGUCCAUCAUGCCAUGCCCAAAUCACAACGUCAGUCCAGACCGAAGCUACUACUAAAACACACUUAUUCGCUCUUUUAUUAUGUCUUUUUGGUAAUGUGAGAAUAGAAUCUCCUUUGAAUAACUUCCAAAAUCAGACUGAUGCUGCAUCACCAUCUAAUCCAACAGAGGAACCUGUACCGUCAACCUCAAAAGAACCUGGACCAUCUACAUUGAAGAAGAGUUUACUGGAAGAAAUAAGGCCAUUCCCCAAGAUUGAUUCAUGUGAGAGGCCCAGAAAGACAAGGAGAGUUGAAUCAAAAUCCAGGAUAUACACUGACACUCCUGAACUGAAUCUCAAACAGAAUUUGGAAAAAGAUAAGGAAAGAAAGGAGAAUGUUUCCAAGAAAAAGGCUGUUGUUAAGAAAGUUUUUCAACAAGAAUAUUCAUCUAGUGAUCUUAGCGAAUCUUCAUUCGUCGCAGAUGACACAUCUGAUGAGGAAUCAUUUGAAUCUCUCAAGACUCCACAAAGAGAUGCCAAAUUCAAUAUCAAUGAUUUUGUUUUGGUGAAGUUCAGGAAGAAUAAUAAGAGAGAUGGCUAUUGUUACUACAUUGGGAAAAUUAUACUUGUCGAGGAGAAAGUGCUUACAGCCACUUUCUUGAGGAGAAGAGGACUCACCACUAAUUUUAAUUUUCCUACAAUCCCCGACGUCAGUGUCAUUCCAAUCGAAGAUGUCACAGCAAAGCUGUCGGCACCAAAUAAAAUUGGGAAUGCCAGAGUUUUAGCAUCCCUGCGGUUCAAUUAUAAUUUUCAAGGUUAUGACUUGCGAUGA